AUGCGUCUUUUCUUCAUACCUUUUUUGCUGGCUCUUGCUUUCUGCGCAUCAAAAUGCUCUUCCAAUGUUCAAGACCAAAAUAGGCAAGCUUGCUAUCCGGGAUGCUGGUACGUUGCAUGGAGCAGUGCAUCCGCUCCGUCCAACAACAUGUCGCCAUCUAUCAUAAGGAGACUCGAUGCAUGCCUUCAAGCCUGCGGAAGGCAAUAG